AUCCUCAAAAAAAUCCUACCGGUACCGACCCUACUGACGGAACUGAUGAUGACGAUAGUGAUUUGGUAUUAAAAUUAAUAAAAAGAGCAAGUAGUAAACGACAAAAAAGAAAAUAUACUCGUCGUAACACUGGCAGUAGUAUCGAUGUUGGAGAUAAUCAUUUUACCUCUCGUGAAAAUCGCCCAAAACUUGGCAGGCCGAAAAAUGGUUUGACUUCUCGUCAUAUUCCAACUCCAAAUCAUUCGCCAACUGAUAUAAGGCAUCUUCCUAAUUCUUCUGGUGGUGAUACAAGCAAUUUUCGUGUAAUAUCUAAUUCGGGUACUUCUGCUAAUCCUGCUACUCAAUUACGGUGGCGAAGUAUUUCUGUUGGUGGUGGUCCUAUAUCUUCUCAAUCUGGUGAAAUUUCUCCUUCUCAAUCAAUCCUACCCGCUACUUCUUCAACUUCUCCAACUCAUAAAGGUAAUUCUACUUCAAGACGAAAACAAAGUCUUGACGCUUCUGCAAUGGGUUUUGAUAGUUUUCGUCUUUCAAAAAAACGUGCCCAACAAAAACAAGAAAGACCUCAAUCUCCAACAAAUUCUAAUUGGUCUUGGUCUUCUCAAAAUAUUCUUGGUGGUCAAGAUAAUUCAAAUAUUCCUUUUCCUUAUUCGGAACUUCUUUUACCUCCAACUACAAGUGAUCCUAAAGAAACCAUCAUUUUACUUCAAGAAAAAUUGGUUAAAGCUGUUGGAAUGUUGGAAGAUAAUCAACGUAAGAUCGAUAUGUUGGAAAAUGUUGUUCGUCAAAGAGAAGAUGAG